UCUCCUGCCUCACCAAGGCAAGGUUAGAUACACUCGGGUGGAGGCACUCGAAGAAAAAGACCUUGGGAACAAAUUCAGCAUCUCGGCAACCAGGAAUUGCUUUCCUCUCUGUUUCUAGUAGGCCUAGUGAUGAGACAAGUGUUGUCAUUGCCUCAAGUGACAUAGCUUUUUUUAUUUUGACGUUUGGCAAUGUUUGCGUUUCCAAAAGGGAAUGUUUGCAUAGCUACAUUGCCGAAGACCCUCCUCAAGCCGUAUUCUCAGUGUUUAAUGGAUACGCACAAUGUAUAUAAAAAAUGGUUGCAUUUUGUGAAUGCCAGUGACUGCUUUCUACGGACCAUCACGGCUGCGGUGCGCGAGGAAGGACGCCUCAGCUAGCUGGACCCCGGGUCGCGUGUGUGUAUAGGCUACCGUUACCGUAUACCAUCAGUUGGACUGCUGGACUGAAGGUGACUCGCGCCCGCUUUGCAGUCGAGGCAAUGCGGAGAGAGUCGCGAGCGCUCAUCCGGAUACAGCCUACUGGAGAGGUUUCGACACGACAAACGAAGGAUAGAACAGGAUAUCGGCGAAUAGGUGGUGGUGGAGUUUAGGGGGUUAUAGAUAAACAACGUUCUGUAUUAGAGCUGUUUUAUUAGUGGAUGUGUAUGCAUGAGUUCUGCACCGAAUGGGCGCAAGAACCGCCCCAGAUCCGCCGGGAACAUCUUCCAGAUCGGCAAGGCUCCCUACCGAGACCCGGAGAGGAGGGAGAGCACGGAGAGCACCCGCAAAGCCCAGCGUGCCGUGGCUGACUGCAGAAUGAUUGUGCAGGAUUUUAACACGCUUGUGGCGCUGUAUCGUGAACUGGUCAUCUCCAUUGGCGAGAUCUCCGUCGACUGCCCGUCGUUACGGGCCGAGAUGCACAAGACGCGAACUAAAGGCUGCGAGAUGGCGAGAGCUGCACACCAGAGCCUGUCAGUCAUUUCAGGGCCUGAGGAUGGAGAGAUCCACCCAGAGAUCUGCAGGCUCUUCAUCCAGCUGCAGUGCUGUCUGGAGAUGUACAUCACAGAGAUGCUCAAGUCUGUCUGUCUGCUGGGAUCCCUGCAGCUCCACAGGAAAGGGAAGGAUUGCUGUGGGCCUCCCAGGAUUGACAGUAAGGUGGAUGAGAGCUCAGACAUCCCCAUUCUAGAAGACACCUCCUCCCCCAUGGACUGUCAUCAGCUCUGCUGGCUGGUCGCCACAGACAUAGACAAUACUGAGAGGGACAUGAGAGAGAUGAAGAACCUUCUCAGCAAACUCAGGGAGACGAUGCCUUUACCACUGAAGAACCAAGAUGACAGCAGCUUGCUGAACCUGACUCCCUACCUACUGGUCCGACAGAGGAAGAGGCGGUUCUUUGGGCUCUGUUGCCUGGUAACCAGCUAAGGGGCCUGCCCUCCUGGGUUGAAGGCAGGAACGGUAACGCUUUAGUUGAAGUGUUGUUCAUGGCACAUCCAUAGAAGUGUCCUAAAGCACAUCAUAAUUAAAGUGUCAUAAGACAUGUCAAAAAAUGACAAACAUUUCAUAAAAGCUUUGUCAACUGGAAUGACAUACAGUAUUUGCAUGUCAUGACCAAUAUAUGUAUUUGCAUUAUGACAUAGUCAAGAUAUUGACAUUUAUCAUAACAGUGCCACAUAACAGAAAGAGCAUAGUAUGACAUGUUUUGGAAUGUGUUGAGACACUUUACGAUGAUCUUAUGACACUGUUAUGGAUGUGUCAUGGACAACACUUCACGUAAAGUGUUACUGCGGCAACAAAUACACCAUUAACCACAAUCCUUUACCACUUGUGUCUCCCACCAAUCUAUUACUGCCAUUUCCAAUAUCCAAUACAGUUCUCUCUUUUGUUGAAAAGGCUACCCCAUUUUAUAAUUUUAUUUUGUAAUACAAAGAUAAUUUGUAAUUGCAAUGUAAUGAAACCAAUAGUCAAAACAUAUAUUUUAAAUGUAUUGCAACUGCUUUUCCUUUUGUUUGGUAAAUGGAGUCCAACCUUUUGGUUUGUCAGAGGUUUUCGGGAGAGAGAGACCAUUUGAAACAAUGUCAACAUUUAGUUUCUUCCAUAAAGCUGAAUUGAUGAAUUAAUGAAUUGUGUGUAGGACACAAUAUGAUCUUUAACUUUGUGUCAAAAACAAUGUUUCCAUGUACGACACUUUUUGAAUUUGACCUGUUAUUGAAGUACGACACUUGCAGUAAACAGAUAUGCUAUUUUAGGGCUCCAUUCAAUCUGUAUCGCUGAAGCGUUACAGAUUGCUUGAUAAAAAUGUAAAGGUAAUUUCCGAUUGAGCUGACAUAUGCAGCAUUUACUGUGAAUGCAGUCUCCACUAACAUUGCCUUUGGUUUUUCAAUCACGCUGUAAAGCUAAACUUCCGCGAUGCACAUUGAAUAAAGCCCUUCAUUUGAUCACUCUGUUGUCACAGAGAACGUUCCUUCUCUGCAGGAAAUGCAAACUGGUAGUGUAUUCAAGUUUUUAAAAGUAUUCUAAAGUUUGUAAUUUCCAGUUUAAAAUGUCAGACUUGAUUUACCCUAAUGUAAAAUGUAUCAACCCCUACAAC